CACUGGCCGGCAUCACCCUGCUGGGUGUCCCACAGAGGUCCCUGGGUAGACAGCAGGAUCAUCCAGUUGAGUUGACCACCCAAGGCAGUGGCAUCAUGGAAGCCCCGUGGGGCUGGCUGGUGGUUGGUGUGCUGGCCAUGUCCCUGGCCUCUACGGUGACCCAGGACGUUUGCCGAGCACCGAAUGGGGAGAACGGGGUUGCAGGAAGACCAGGCCGACCCGGGCGGCCAGGCCUCAAGGGGGAGCGAGGGGAGCCAGGGGCCUCUGGCAUCCGGACAGGCAUCCGAGGUCUUAAAGGAGACCAGGGGGACCCUGGGCCCCCCGGAAGCCCUGGCAAAAUGGGCUACCCAGGACCCAGUGGUCCCAUUGGUGCCCCUGGCAUCCCAGGACGGAAGGGCAACAAGGGCAGCCCGGGGAAUAUCAAUGACCAGCCACGACCAGCCUUCUCGGCCGUGAGGCGGAACCCCCCAACGGGCGGCAACGUGGUCAUCUUUGACACCGUCAUCACCAACGAGGAAGAUCGGUACGAGAGCCACUCGGGCCGAUUCGUCUGCGCUGUGCCAGGCUACUACUACUUCACCUUCCAGGUGGUGUCCAAAUGGGACAUCUGCCUGUACAUCGUGUCCUCCAAGAGGGGCCAGAGCAUCCGCACCUUGGGCUUCUGUGAUGCCAACAGCAAGGGAACCUUCCAGGUGGUGUCUGGGGGCACGGUGCUCCAGCUUCAGAGAGGAGACCAGGUCUGGAUCGAAAAAGACCCUGUAAAGGGCCGUAUCUAUCAGGGUUCCGAGGCGGACAGCGUCUUCAGCGGCUUCCUCAUCUUCCCAUCCACCUGAACAAGAGCAGGACCCGUCUUCACCCCUGGCCUCAUCUGCUUCCUGCUGUGUGACCCGGGCCCACUCGCUCAGCCUCCCUGGUGUCUCUGCUCUGCUCUGUCAAGUGGAGUGCUGUGGCUUUAGCUGAAGAAAAAUCAUUUCCUGGAGUGCUUCCUGGAAUAAAUACCUGUGUCCAUGUCUGCUGGCUUGAGAUUCAGUU